UGACGAGGCUCCCCUAAUACCAGUUUUCUAGCAGUCAAUUGCUAUCUAUCCACAACUUGUCCUGUACAGUCCAGAGCCUUUUCUCAUUACAAGUUUCUGUAAAUCGUCGCUGGGCCAGCAAUCCCCAGAUCGUCUCAGUAACAUGUCUGGAGAAAAACGACCUGCCCAAGAAGCUUUUGGGUCAUCUAGUCAGCUCGUUGUGAAACGAAAAAAGUCCGACGCUGGCUUGGAUAAUGGCACUGCCGUGGUUAAAAGCUCGUCGCAGAAUGGAACACUUGUGCAAGCGGUUCCUCGCACCAGUGGGCUUGAGGCGCCGAUUAUGGAGCUAACAGGUCAUUCUGGUGAAAUCUUUACUGUCCGGUUCGACCCUACCGCACAGCAUAUUGCAUCCGGUUCAAUGGAUAGGUCUAUUUUGCUUUGGAAUACCUAUGGACAAUGUGAAAAUUAUGGUGUUUUGUCAGGCCACCGAGGAGCGGUCCUUGAUCUACAAUGGUCUCGCGACUCAAGAACGAUCUUCUCUGCGUCAGCCGAUAUGACGCUGGCAAGCUGGGAUCUGGAAACUGGGCAAAGAAUACGUCGCCAUAUGGGUCACGAGGAAAUAGUGAACUGUCUAGAUAUUAGCAAGAGGGGCCAGGAAUUGUUGGUUAGUGGCAGUGAUGAUGGUUGUGUGGGAAUCUGGGAUCCCCGACAAAAGGAGGCUAUCGAAUAUCUGGAAACGGAACUGCCCAUUACAGCAGUGGCCUUGUCGGAAGCAGGUAACGAAAUUUACAGUGGCGGCAUUGAUAACGCGAUUCAUGUAUGGGACCUGCGGAAAAAAUCUAUCACUUAUUCCAUGACGGGGCACAUGGAUACUAUCACCUCAUUGGAAAUUUCGCCAGACUCGCAGACUCUUCUCUCCAAUUCUCAUGAUUCGACUGUACGCGCAUGGGAUAUCCGACCUUUUGCGCCAACAAAUCGACUUAUCAAGACGUAUGACGGCGCUCCUGUCGGACUAGAGAAGAACCUCGUUCGAGCAAGCUGGGACCCGAAGGGUGAAAGGAUUGCUGCGGGGAGUGGUGACAGGAGCGUAGUCGUCUGGGAUUUCAAAACCGGAAAGCUUCUAUACAAGCUUCCCGGGCAUAAGGGUACAGUCAAUGAUGUACGAUUCUCGCCGAACGGCGAACCCAUCAUUGUUUCUGGCUCAUCUGAUCGAACCCUGAUGCUGGGAGAACUUGGCAAAUGAGGAUACACGGAUUCCAGGUUAUUAUGCAUCAACGUAAUGUCCAGCACGUUCCAGAUUUCAUUUUUCGACAGAGAUCAAUGUCAGACUCAAUGUCUUGUGCGGUACCAUGAAGGUCGCUUAACUCGACUAAAUACGGCCUACUCGAAGUGUUGCAGCAAAGAUGUGCAUUGCAGCAACAAGAACACGAGUUAUAUGAUAUGUAUCACACAUGUGAGAACGAAUUGUCGAGCAGACGAUUCCAAACAACUACUCAGGGAUCUAGUAAUGAGCAUGGAUUGAAGGAUUAGAGUAGUGGCUGUGUACCAGAUUUCGUUCCUUUAAUCGUGUCGUGGAGUGUAAGAUUUAACAAGCAUGAAAGUCGAACGAGCAGC